AUGUUUGUUGCGUUGUUUCAUGGAGUUCCUACUCUUGUCGACGAAUCCGACGAUGACGAAGCUGUGGAGCGAAAUGCGUUUCGAAUCGGAUCAGAAGAGUAUCUUCCGGAGGAUUUGCUAGUGGACAUACUCUCAAAGGUUCCACUGGCAUCACUAGCAAGAUUCCGAUCAGUAUCCAAAAGAUGGAAAGCUCUGAUCAAUUAUUUGAGAUUCAAGAAGUCGUCGAUUGAUUCUAGGGUUUAUCUAGUGAGCAUUAAUUUACUUGGAGCUCAAGACAACGUUGCAAACAUAACAAGUCAGUUUAGCCUCAAAUAUCCUCUUUCAAAUUCUUCCAAAGAAGUCAAUAUUUGUGAGGUUUUUCACUGCCAUGGCUUGUUGUUAUGCACCACCGAAGACAAUAGACUAAUGGUUUGGAACCCAUGCUUAGAUGAAACCACUUGGAUCAAACCAAGAAGUUACUACGAGAGAUCUGAUAUCUUUGCUCUCGGUAAAUCCUCAUGCAACAAGUUCAAAAUCUUGAGGAUUGCUCUUCUACAUGGUCCUGGACCUGCCUUUGAGUUUAUGAAGCCACGCCUAUAUGAGAUCUAUGACUUUACCUCUAACUCAUGGAGGGUUGUUAAUGAGGCUAGAGACUGGUCCAUUCUAGGGUUAGGGCGUCGCGGCACGUGUGUGGAUGGAAAUGCUUACUGGCUUUCUUUUAGUUAUACUAGUCAACAGCCGCGGAUGGACAUCAUACUAAAAUUCGAUUUUUCAACAGAGAGAUUUACAAGUAUGUCUCCUCCCGUUGAUGUUCUUUCUUGCAAUGUUUUUGCUUUGUCUGUGACUAGAGAAGAGCACAAACUUUGUAUGCUAGCUUCGGUUGCCGACGAUGUAGAUGUAUGGAUGGCAACCAAGAUUGAUGGUGCUGGAGCCAUGUCAUGGAGCAAGUUCCUAACAGUGAAACGAGUCUAUAACAACCAAUGGAUGUUCUUAACUGGGAUGAAUUUCCUGGUCGACGAGGAGAAUAGAGUAAUAGUCUGUCCUGGUAAAUCUUUGGACUCUGACAGAUUCUUACACAUUGUGGGAGAGGAUAAAUGCAUACAGGUGGACAAGCAUGAUGCAGGAUCUAGAUGCUCACUUCUCCUCAGCUAUGUUCCGACUCUGGUCCCUGCUUCAGAUCCAACUGGUUCUUUGGGGUAG